AUGGCACUGAACCCCUCGAGGACGGCAAGUACGCCUAUCUUUGACACUGCUCUCCCAGAGACUGGUGAUGCUUGCGAAGCGGUAGAAAAGCUGCUUGCCAAAAUGAUCAAUCUUCGGUCUCUGUGCCUUCGGUCCAUCAAAAAUUACAUCGUAGAGAUGCCAAACCGAAGGAAGCUCGGAAUAAAAUUGGAUCUAUCUUUCAAUACCCGACUACGAACAAUGCAUUUGCCGGGGAACAUCCUGCGGAAUACGUUGGCGGGUCCUCCCGUAGCUGCGGGACGUAUGCCGCCUAAUUUGCGUUCGCUUUUCGUUGAACACCGCGACAAUCUCCGCGCUAUCGAUAUCGACUUACCGGAUAUAUUAAUAGCCUAUAUUCCGUUAUUAUCAUUAAAGUCAGUUAUAGUGGACUCCAAUUUACCAAUUUGGAUAGAAAUGGAAGAAGGUUUGAGGGCCGUUUGUGGAGAGAACCGUGUGAAGCUAGAUGUCUCAAAUUUGACAAAAUGCGAUGAAUUUUUCAUUAUCAGCGAGGUAGAUACUGAAUAG